UGUUUCCAAUUUUGUAAAUACUUUGGAAUGUUUUCUUUGGGACAUAGAAAUUACUGAUUAUGGCUCAUUAUUCCAAAGAAGAGCUAGAUGAAGAAUUUGAACAGUUUAUGAAAGAGCUUUCAGAUGAUUCUUUUGAAAAUUCAAAUGAAACACACAGACAGACUAAAAAAGAAAAGAAGAAAGAUGCAGUGCCAUGGUGGAUAACUGAAGAUGAUUUUGAAGAUGGUGGACUGCUUGGAACAAAUGUAAGCUAUUUGAAAACAAAGAAAACUUCUCAGCCUAUUAUGGAAAUAGAGGAGGAGGAGUCUGCUGAAAAGAUAGAAUUUCUUAAGAGCAGUGGAACUUCUAUCUUAAGUAUUGACAGCUUAGAAGCAAACGAGCUAGUAGUUUCUGAACUCAAUCAUAGUAUUCUUGGAUUGGGAUUGGACACAUUAGAAGAACAAGAAGAGAAAGAACAAUUUUUUGCCAGGCUUGAGAAAGGUUUAACAUCUUCUAUUGAUUAUUCAAGAUUAAAUAAAGAAUUGGAUUCUAAUGAUUCCACACAUUUUAAAGCUUUACUUAGUAAUCAAGGCAAUGUAGAAUUAAGUGAAAAUGAACCUGAGAAGGAAUCUAUACAUGAAGAACUUGCAGAAAAUUACAGUGAUGAUUUUGAAGAUGAGGAAGAUACUAAUACACCUUUGAUUACUAAAGGUGAAGAGACACACUCCAAAGAAAAUCCCAAGUCAGAAAAAAUAAAUGUAACCAAACAGGAAGAAGAGAAAACUGGCAUGCUGGCUAAUGUUGUGUUACUUGAUUCAUUAGACUCCAUUAUAGAGGGCAACCUUGAUGAACAGGAUAAAACAGCAAGUAAACCAAAGGCCUUACCAGAAAUGACAGAUCAUGAAAUGACAGGAACAGGUAUUUCUUAUGGACAAAGUAAUAGUGACAUGGAAGCCCUACAUCAGGCUUACCGUCACAUAGCCCAUUCUUUGGGAGAUACGGAUGAACAAAGAUUUGAGAGUAAUGCAGUAGAAAAUACCAAGAGCUCAGUGAAAGAUCAUCCUCCCAGCAAUGAUGAUGAGUCCUCUAAAAACAUCUCUACAACUGAAUCAGAACUGCCCACAGUAGAAGAGCUGAUGAAACCUAUCAGAAUAGAUUCCUUUGGGGUCAGUGGUUUUGAUUUACAACCUGUCAGUUCUGAGAAACUGGCUAAUAAUAAAGAAACUGAAUUUGUUAGCCCUUUACUUAAGACAAACACAAAUCUUAUGUUUCGAGAGCCAUACCAUGUGAAUGACUUUUUUGACAAAAAUGAUGAGAAUGUGGUUUUACAAAAGACAGCAAAUGAAAGUAUAGGAAAUAGCUGUCCAGAAGUAACUCCUAUAGAAGAACACAUAGAUAAAAUGUAUCUUGAUAUUUUGAGGAAAAAAAAAUCUGUUGAUCCUGCAUUGUUACCUCAGAAUGACAAAAUUAAUAAAACAUUGAGAUCUCAACUCAGUUUUGGAGAGGAAGGAGCUGUAACUGGUAAAGAGGUACUGUAUCAGAAGGACAGAAGUGCACCUCCUUUACUUAAAAGAAAACCCCAGAGUGGAUUAUAUGCAUCAGUUAGGAGCUCAGGCUAUGGCAAACCCAAUUCAUCAUUCAAGACAUUUUCUACUCUUGAAAAGAAAACUUCAAAGGAUGUUGUGAAGAGCAAAAACUUGAGAUCCAUUCCCACCUCAAAUCAAGCUAGAAAAAAGGAGAUCUUAUCUGGAACAAAAGUCAUCAAGCCUGCAGCUUUGGGUACACCAGCUCCUAAAGCUGAAAGUUACGUGACUACUCCUAAGAAGUCUGAAGAUCCUUCACAAAUUGAUUCCUGUGUUCAGUUUCAGAAUGAUUCUUCAGGAUACCUUGGUGGGAACAAGGAGACAGAAUUAUUUAUGUUUAAAAGAGUUCAGGAAGCAGAGGAAAAAUGGAGAGGUGCCCAAGCCCUAAUUGAGCAAAUUAAAGUCACAUUCUCAGAUAAAGAAAGAGAGCUGGAAAAUAAGAUGGAAGAACUAAAGGGACAACACGAAAAAGAGCUCUUCAAACUAAAUCAAGACAAUUAUAUUCUUCAAACAAAGUUAAGUAGCUUUGAAGAAGCAAACAAAAAACAAAGAUGGUUACAUUUUGGAGAAACAACUGAUCCUGUCACUGAAGAAAAGUUGAAGCAGAUCCAAAAAGAAAUACAAGAGCAAGAGACACUUCUUCAAGGAUAUCAACAGGAAAAUGAAAGAUUAUAUAAUCAAGUGAAAGAACUCCAAGAGCAAAACAAGAAAAAUGAAGAGCAAAUGUUUAGGGAAAACCAGAGUUUAUUGAGCGAGUUAGCUUCCUUAAAAGAGCAAAUGCAUAAAAGUCGAUUCCCGUCUCGAGUAGUUGAAGACUCAGAACCCACCAGAAACCAGAGUUUUACAGAAGUGUUAGCAGAACUCCGGAUGGCACAGAAAGAAAAAAAUAGUUUAUUAGAAGACAUCAAAAGAAUGAAGCAAGAAAAACAAGCUCUUGAAGUAGACUUGGAAAAGAUGAAGAAAGAGAGAGACCAAGCCAAAGAUCAGAUUGCUUAUGCUACAGGUGAAAAAUUAUAUGAAAUAAAAAUUUUAGAAGAAACACAUAAGCAAGAAGUCAGUCGUCUACAAAAAAGAUUACAGUGGUAUGCUGAAAAUCAGGAACUUCUAGAUAAAGAUGCACUUCGGCUUAAAGAAGCAAAUGAAGAAAUUGAGAAGCUCAGAGCUGAGAUUGAGAAACUGAAAGCUGAAUCUGGAAACCCAUCUAUUCAGCAGAAGUUACGUUUAAAAGAUAGAGCAGUGGAUGCCAAAAAAAUUCAGGAUCUGGAACGACAGGUUAAGGAAAUGGAAGGAAUUCUAAAGAGAAGAUAUCCUAAUUCUUUACCUGCUUUAAUACUGGCUGCAUCGGCAGCAGGUGAUACAAUGAAUAGAAAUACAGUGGAAUUUAUGGAGAAAAGGAUUAAAAAGCUAGAAGCUGAUCUUGAGGGCAAAGAUGAAGAAGCAAAGAAAAGCCUUCGGACGAUGGAACAGCAGUUUCAGAAAAUGAAGAUUCAGUAUGAACAGAGACUAGAGGAACAGGAGCAACUACUUGCCUACAAGUCAAAGGAAGCAUCCCAGAACCAACAUGACAACUCUUCUGUGGUUAAAGCACUGGAGAAGGAACUCAGUGAUGUUAAGGAAGCCCAUCAGAUCACUGUAAGAAACCUUGAAGCUGAAAUAGAUGUCCUUAAACAUCAGAAUGCUGAAUUGGACCUCAAGAAGAAUGAUAAAGGUGAUAAAGAUUUCCAGUCUAUAGAAUUCCAGGUGGAACAGGCUCAUGUGAAAGCUAAGCUUGUAAGGCUCAAUGAGGAAGUGGCUGCAAAAGCAAGAGAAAUACAAGACCUUUCAAAAACUGUGGAAAGGCUUCAAAAGGAGAGGAGGAGGAUGUUAUCUAAUCAGCACUCUAAGGGCAGAGAGGAAAUAUCUACCAAAAAAGGGAAGAAAGAUGGUUUGCACGCAGGUAAAGGAAAUGCUAACUCCUCUGGGACCCUGGAUGGCAAACUUUACCAACCACAUACUUUCACUGAUUCCCAUACGUCAGAGGUUUUACAAGAAAACUUCAGAUUGAAAAAUGAACUACAAAGAGUAAUUCUGGAGAGGAAUGAGCUAAAGAUGAAAUCUGAAGCAGCAUCGGAUCAAUGUGAAAAUUCCAUGAAAAGGCUCAAGGAAGAUACCACAGCACAAAUUGCAUCUCUCAAAGCAUCUCAUCAGAGGGAAGUAGAGAAACUCCUUUGCCAAAAUGCAGUUGAAAAUUCUUCUUCCAAAGUAGCUGAACUAAAUCGUAAAAUAGCAACCCAAGAGGUACUUAUAAAACAUUUCCAAAAUCAAGUUAAUGAGCUACAGGGUAAGCAAGAGUCUCUUGUAGUUUCUCAAGUUCGAGAAGAAAUUCUACAGAAUGAGGUUACAAAACUCCUAGAAGAAUUGAGGGAAGCCAAGGAAAACCAUACACCCGAGAUGAAACAUUUCAUGGGCUUAGAAAAGAAAAUUAAACAGAUGGAAAUGAGACACGAGCAAAGAGAGCAAGAACUUCAACAGAUAAUACAGCAAACACACCAAGUAGUAGAAACUGAGCAAAACAAAGAAAUUGAGAAGUGGAAAAGACUUGCACAGCUAAAGAAUCGAGAGCUGGACAAGUUCCGCACGGAAUUAGAUUCUAUACUAGAUGUUCUUCGAGAGCUGCACCGACAGGGAGUUGUUGUUCCAGUUGCUUUUUCAGAUGAACUUAAUGCACCAGAGUAUAAAUAG